CGUAAACAACCGCGCUCAAUGGGAGAGACGUUGUGUAGGAAGGACGGAAGGGUAUUGCAGCGUAGCAGCUAGCCUCUCCAUGUGUGAGCUGUCACCUGGGGCUAGAACACCAACUGGGACUGUUAUUUGAUUUUUUUUCCUCCGCCACAUUAAACCGAAGCCCGGCGUAAACAGACAUGGCGGCAUCCAGCCAGUGUGUUGUGAUCACUGAUGAGGAGCAGGGUUAUGAUCUGGACCUGUUCUGCAUCCCAAAGCACUAUGCAUGUGACUUAGAGAGAGUCUACAUCCCACACGGACUCAUUCUGGACAGGACAGAAAGACUGGCCAGGGAGAUUAUGAAGGAAAUGGGAGGGCAUCACAUUGUUGCCCUCUGCGUGCUGAAAGGAGGCUACAAGUUCUUUGCAGACCUGCUCGACUACAUUAAGGCCCUGAACAGGAACAGCGACCGCUCCAUCCCCAUGACGGUGGACUUCAUUCGUCUCAAGAGCUACUGUAAUGACCAGUCGACAGGAGAAAUCAAAGUCAUCGGAGGAGAUGACUUGUCUACUCUGACAGGCAAGAAUGUCCUAAUCGUGGAGGAUAUUAUUGAUACAGGGAAGACGAUGAAGACAUUAUUGCAACUCCUCAAGCAGUACAAGCCCAAGAUGGUGAAGGUGGCGAGUUUGUUGGUGAAGAGGACGCCGAGAAGUGUUGGCUACCGGCCAGACUUUGUCGGAUUUGAGGUCCCUGACAAAUUUGUGGUGGGUUAUGCCCUAGACUACAACGAGUACUUCAGAGAUCUAAAUCAUAUCUGCGUCAUUAGUGAAACGGGCAAGGAGAAGUACAAAGCAUGAAGAGCACCUUUUGGUGAAUGUACAUCAGAAUGUACAUUUUCUUUUCAUGAACUCCACUUUAAAUGUAAGUGCAUCGUAAAAGAAAGACCGCCUGCUCAGGGUUUCCAGAGACGCACUGGUAUGAUGCUGAUCUUGACGUCCAUUUUAGCCUCCCCAAUAGUUGCAAGUUUCAGUUUUUGCUGCUCUUUCACUUACUUCCCUAAGAUAUAACUAAAUCUGAGAUACACAAUGCAACGUGAUGCACGUUCAUCAACAGUGUGCACAAUUAUUAGACAGGUGAAUAGUUGGCCUUUGUUAAUUAGUCAAGGCUGUUUUUUAGUUGAUAUGAGGUGCACUGGAAAGAAAUGCAUUUCAAAAUACAAAAUGUAGAUGGGCAUUUUUUGUUGUUGUUUUAAUACAAGUGUGAGUUGUGGAGACCCAAAACAAAAACAAUCAUCUUCAAUUUGUUAAUUAAAAAAAAAAAAGUUAACAAUUGAUAAUGGUGACUAUUUCUAUUUCUUACAGUUAUGUCAUUGUUGGUCUAAUCAUUACACCAGGCAUCGUUACGUCCAUAAGACGGCUUCCUAGAAGUGGUACAGCUCAAAGUGUGAAGUGGUUAUAAUGUGAGGCCUCAUGCGAGCACAAGCUAGGAAAUAUACUGUACAUUGAUCAACCACAGGCAUCCUGGCAUUGAUACAUGCAGCUUUCUCAACUACAUUAAGAUGUCUUGCUUGCUAUGUUGCUUGUAAAUCCCACAGUCCAGUCGAACAAGAAGCUGUCACUUCUGCUUCACUGAAGGAUGCUGAAAGACUGAUUGCUGUCCUGCUUGGUCAAACUUUUUGUCUUUUUUACAAUCCCCGGCAAUAAUGGGAACUUUUUUAUUUGCCUAAUAAUUCUGGACACAUACAGUAUGUAUUGAGAAUGAUAUUCCACUCAGCUGUUAGUAUAAUUAAAAGUAAUUUCUGUGCACCAACACUGACUAGUAGUACGGCACAAUAUCACAAAGCAUGUGUGUAACUGUAAGAUUUAAUUAGAUAACAAUAUAUUUGUUUUUAUGAGUUACUUGAAACUGUUGCAUAAUGUUGUAUGCCUAAGUUGCAAGGUAUGUCCAAUAUGUAUAUUGUGGGACGAAAUACUUAUUUAUGCUCUGUCUUGAAAACACAACUAUAUAGCACUUGUGGAUGGGGGGGGGGGCAAUUGUGUGGCCAGGUUUUUUUUUUUUUUAAUCAAAGUUGUUGUCCACUAAGUUGUGCUGUGCAUCAAUAGCAGACAAUCAGUGUCUAAAAAUACAACUACACACAAAUGUAACAUUUGAAAGAUGACAAAACAGACUUGGCCAAUGUUUUCAUCUUGUCCUAGUUUUGUGUUUCCUGUAAAACGCUCUCAAAAAGUGGUUCCAUCAUUUUGUGCUCUGCUGCUCAAUAAAUAUUCAUACCCUGA